GGGAGCGGCGGCGGUGACGGUGGCGACGGCCGCGACGGCCGCGGCCCCGAGGCCCCGGGGAGAGGGACAGCGCUCGCGAUAGCGGCGGCUAAGGAGAGAUAAGGAGAGGAGCCGCGCGGGGCCGAUAUAAAGCGGCCACGGGCGCAAAAAGCAGUCGAGAUGCAGACCGACAAGGAGCAGGACAAUGGGAUCAACAUCAAGUUCGGGCCCGAGCGCGCGGCCAAGGGCGAGUACCGGCUCGUCGGACCCGCGCCCGCCAACGGCAAGAAGAAGCGGAUAAACGGGACCACGCACAGAGCGAAUAAAAAGGCAGCCGCAAUGGAAGGUGAAAUGGUGCCGCCCGAUGGAGGCUGGGGAUGGUUCGUCCUAGUGGCAGCUGUCAUGGUGAACGUACUCAUCCCGGGCGGCAUAAAGUCCUUUGGUGUCAUCUACAAGGCCUUCCUCAGCACCUACAAUGCAAAGGCCACUUUGGGAGCUUGGAUUCCCGCGCUAUGCUAUUUUCUGUACAGUUCUUUAGGUCCACUAUCAAGUGUUCUUUCGGUAAGGUACUCGUAUCGGACUGUCACUUUAGUCGGUGGUACUUUUGCCGCAGCGGGAAUGAUGUUGAGCUACUUUGCUACGUCUAUUGAAUAUCUAUAUAUAAGUUACGGAGUAUUCGUGGGCAUAGGUGCUGGAUUGGCCUUUCCACCGACUGUAUACAUCGUUACCUCUUACUUUGUUAGGCUACGGGGCCUUGCCAAUGGAUUUUGCAUCUCCGGGAGCUCUCUGGGCUCCAUCAUUCUACCUCCAGUCUUAACCAAAAUGUUGGAAGUUUAUGACGUUAGCGACACGAUUCUAAUAAUGGGCGCGCUGACGCUGAACGUAUGGGCGUGUGCCCUUUUAUACGAGCCUGUGGAAAAGCACAUGAUCCCGGCGAAGCUGAACCGGGACGCGGAAGAGGCGCUGGAGCCGCUGGCGGAGGCCGAAGCCGACCUCGACGAGACACUGACGAGCCCGGAAGAGGACGCGACACGACCUAGGAACCUUCUGCUGGCAUCCGCGCCCGUUGGCGAUCUCAGCAGCGGCAACGGGGACGUCAAGGUCGCUGCGCCCAUCGUCCCAAAAAGCGCCUCGAGCGUUGCCCUCGAGAACUAUUAUAAGCCGACGGCGACGGCAAACAGCAGCAGGAUACGGAAGAUAAGCGUGCCGGUGAGCGGUCGCGAGAUUGCCGGACAGAUGCACAGCACACCGGCCCUUCACGCCGUGCCCGAGAGCAACAGGCUUUCGAGACGUCCGAGGGCCCCGGUCCUCUCCCCCAGCAGCUCCUCCUUCAAUUACAUCAGCACACCGUAUCACGGCAGCACCCUCACCGCCCUCCAGCCCGAGUACGCCUCGACGCUUACCCUCAACGCCAUCAGCUCGACCUUCAGGAAGUCGCCGGAGAAGCAGCCGAAGCAGCAGGACGAGGAGCCGCGCAACCGGUUCUUCGACUGCGAACUCCUCAGAGACCCCAUGUACCUCGUAAUACUAAUCUCCAACUCGACCAACGCCAUCAGCUAUACGAACUUCGUCAUUGUCCUGACGCUCUACGCCGUGCAGCUGGGUUUCAGCGAUAAUCAAGCAUCGGUGCUCCUCUCCAUCGUCUCGCUCUUCGAUCUCACGGGACGAAUCGGCGGUGCGGCCUUGUCGGACACGAAGCUCAUGCCGAAGCACUGGUAUUUCGUGGGUGGCCUAUUUAUCUCGGGUGUCUCGCUGGCCAUCCUCCCCGUCGCCUCGAGCUUCAUUAUGGUCGCCGUCUACUGUAGCGUCUUCGGCCUCGCCUCGGGUGUCUACGUUGGUGUGACGGCGGUCGUGAUGGCUGAUAUGCUUGGAGUCGAGAAGCUCACCUCCUCCUACGGCAUAUCGCUCUUCGUGAACGGAGUACUGCAGCUGGUCGGGCCGCCGAUCUGCGGGGCCCUCGAGGAGCAUCUCGGCGGCUGGGGCAGAAUCUUCACGGCUUUGGGCAUAAUUCUCGUGGCCGGGGCCUCGCUUUGGGGAUUCGUGCCCUUUAUCAGGCGGCGUCAGAUCGCACGACGUGAGGCGGCACAACCGGAGAAGCUCUAGCGUGCCGUUUCCCAGCCGGAGCUUCGGGUUUCCAGGGGGAGCUCCGACGAUCGACAGGAUAUCGAACUAGAGGACUGGAGCCCCUCGAUUCAUCAUCUUAGUGCAUUGUGACGUGGCGAGGGAUUGUCGGCCAGCGUGACUCGGCUCGCCACAAAGUGUACCAUUGAACUAACUUUUUCUACCGUGAGCUUGGAAGAACGAAGGUCACAGAGGGGCACGGAGAGAGAG